GACCAUAUAUGGUGACCAGGAACGCCUGCAUCCGGGGUCGCAAUCAGCUGGGCACGUUCCGGGACCAGAGCUUGCGGCUCUGCGUCAGGAGGUGUAACGAUGACGUCAGGUGCCUGUCGUUUGACUACAUCCCGACGUAUCGGAGCUGUUACCUGUCUCUGGACAACCGGGAGUCCGCCCCGCACGACUUCGACGGCUGCACGGAGGAGUACCGCCGCAUCACCAACUACUACGAGAAGAGAAGCAGCGUCAUCCGGGGCAGGGACGGCAACAGCAACAGCAACACACCGGAACACGAACCGGAACCAGAGGUACCUGACGGCUACGGCGUGAUCAGGAACACCUGUCUGAAGGGGCGGAACCAGCUGGGCAGUUUCUACGAGACGCUGGAAAACUGCGCCUCCCUGUGUUCUGCUGACAUCAGAUGUAAGUCGUUUGACUACGUGUUGAGCCACCAGAGCUGCCACCUGUCCACGGACGACCGCAUGUCGGCGGGAGAGGACGCGCUGUGCUCGCCGGAGUACAGCAGAAUCACCAACUACUACGAGAAGAGACCCGACGCACCCGAUAUCGGCGACUUCCUGCACAUCAAGGAGGCGUGCAUUUUGGGAAGGAACCAGCUGGGGUCCUUCUAUGACGAGACCUUAGAGCAGUGCCAGGGGCGGUGCGGAAACGACUACAGUUGCCGGUCGUUUGACUACGUGAGCUCGUACCGUUCGUGCCACCUGUCCACUGACAACCGGCUCACGGCCCGAGCGGCGUUCGACUCCUGCCCGUCUUGGCUACGUCUGCAGACCGACUACUACGAGAAGGUCAUAGAACCACCUCCCACAACACGGCCUCCCCCCACUACAACAACCACCAGGAGGACCACCACAUGGCGCCCUCCCACCCGCACCACCACCAAAUCUCCGCUGCCGGAGUCGUGCCGCACGCCGCUGGGCCUGGGUAAGGAGAGUGGGUACCACCUGCCCGACGCCGCCUUCUCAGCCUCCUCCACCCUCAGUCUGUCCGCCUGGAGCGCCGGGCCCGAGAACGCACGCCUGCACCAGGAGGACGACUACGACAGGAAACGGGUGGGGUCAUGGUGCGCGAGCAGCAGCGACUACGGGGAGUUCCUGCAGGUGGACCUGGGACGUACCAAACGGAUCACGGGGGUGGCCACGCAGGGACGGCACAAACAGUUCGAGCACGUCAAGUCGUACAAGCUGGCCUACAGUCACGACUCCAGGACGUGGUACGACUACAUGGAGGGCGGACAUCCUAAGGUGUUCGAUGGGAACUGUGAUCACCUGACCGCAGUGACCAAUCACGUGCGAGAGCCUCUGACGGCGCGGUUCCUGAGGUUCGUGGUUCAGCAGAACGUGUGGCCGUGUCUGAGGGUGGAGGUGUACGGCUGCGAGGCAGACAGACCCACGGCAGGAGGCAAUUACCCUAGCAACGAUGGUAGGCGUGUCCCCGAAACCACGUAUCCUAGCAACGGUGACCAUGGUUACGACGACGACUACGACAUUUACGAUGACGACAACAUCGAAGCGCGAAUCCCUUGAGUGGAAAGAAUUCAUUUUGCCUCAGAUUUUCUAGUCUCUACCAGACGUUUUUGCUUGCUAAAAACAGUAAAAUAUCCCCAAUGGGGGUAAAUGAAUUUACCAAUUUGAAAGGAGUUCGCCGGUCAAUGUAGUGUUGGCUAGUCUCUAAAAUCCAAACGUAAGUUUUCAAACAGGAGGAUCCGUUGCAUUGUCUCUGGUAAUGUCUUGCAUGUCUAGUGCACAACAACUCUGUUUCCGGCGACCUCCUACGCUAUCUUUUGAUCUACAUUUGGUCAUCUUUUUUUGUGCAAGCAAAGAAGUCCGGUGGACGCUACAAGUUUCUUACCGGAGGUGCUGUUUGCGUGUAUAAAAGAUCUGCUGGUCAGGCCGUUAUUUGUUUGAAAUGAAAACCAUGAAGUUAAGUUAAUCAAUUCUCUGAUUUUGAUACAAAUUGUACACCCAUGAUUCCAUAGGUACGUAUUUAGUAUGGUUGACUUUUACGGUAUUUUCGGUAUAACAGCAUGGUAAUGUUAUGU